CUGCCAUAGGGCGUGCCCACAAACUCGCAAUACAAACUCUCCUGCCUUUAAGGUAAGCUGCAGUUGCAUCAGAUUUCGAGCACCUGCUGUAAAGGUUCCAAUUAACCAUCACCAUGAGCAGUCUGAGCAAAUCAUUCUCAGAAUUUUCACUUGACCUCUGCAAAGAGCUAAAAAAAAAUCCAGAAAAGAAAAACAUCCUUUUUUCACCAUUAAGUAUCUGUUCUGCAAUGGGCUUAGUUUUAUUGGGAUCAAAGGGAGACACAGCUGCUGAAAUAGAAAAGGUAUUUCAUUUUCCUGCAGCUGCAGGCAGCAGAAGCAGUAAGCCUUCUUGUCAACAGCAGACUUGCCAAGCUCAAGGAGUUCACCUGCUAUUUAAGGAUCUUUUCUCAACACUCAACAAGCCCAAUGAUCAUUAUGAACUGAGUAUCGCAAACAGGGCAUAUGGCGAAAAAUCCUUCCCAUUUUCUGAACAAUAUUUAUUGUGCAUUGAGCAAUUGUACAAUGCAACACUUGAAUCUGUCGACUUCAAAACCAAAGCAGACGAUGUCAUACAGCAAAUAAAUGCGUGGGUUGAAAGUAAAACAAAAGGUAAAAUCCAAAACUUGUUUGCUAAGGGUUCCCUUGAUAGUACCACUGCACUGGCCUUGGUUAAUGCUGUAUAUUUUAAGGGGAGCUGGAAGAAGCAGUUUAAAAAAGAAAAUACAACGGAUGCUCCUUUCUUUCUGAACAAGAAUGACAAAACCUCAGUGAAGAUGAUGUCUCAGAAAGGAAAGUACAAACUAGGCUCCAACCCAGAACUGAAAUGCAGAAUAUUGAAACUUCCUUAUGAAGAAGGAUUCAGUAUGAAGAUUAUAUUGCCAGAUGACAUAGAUGGGUUGGCAGAGCUGGAAACUCACUUAACAUAUGAAACAUUUACAAAGCUGAUGGAUCUACAACGUACCCGAGAAGUUCAAGUUGUGGUAAAACUUCCACAAUUUAAGUUUGGAGAGACAUAUUCCCUUACAGAGGUGCUGCAGAGCAUGGGUAUGACCAGUGCCUUUCAUGGUGCUAAUCUGUCAGGAAUCUCUGAUAAAGCAGGUUUAGCAAUAUCAACAGUGGUCCACAAAUCCUAUAUUGAAGUAAAUGAAGAAGGAACCGAAGCAGCAGCUGCUACAGGCAUUGGGAUUACUGUUACAAGUGCUCCUCUCCCACCACAAGAAUUUAUAGUAGAUCGUCCUUUCUUGUUUUGCAUAGAGCAUAUAUCAACCAAAUCUUUACUGUUCUAUGGAAGGUUCACAUUCCCAGAGAUAUGAAUUGAUUAAUGUACUAAAAAAUUAUUUGACACUGAAUGUAACAGACCUUAAACUGGCUUCAUCUACCAUAUUUUUCUUUUAAAAAUGCUGAAACUGAUCUAAUGUUGCUGUAAUUUGCCAACAAUAGAAUAAAUAAAGGUGUUUUGAAAAUGUA